GGUUUCGCAAUCCGCCGCGGACCCGUUGGCGAAAAAGAGGCCUUGGCGAUAAAACGAUCUUGGCGUAAAGCGAGUCGUUCAGUCUCCCGGGCGAGUGUUUGUCGGCGCUCCGGACUCCCGCGAAAUUCAUCGCGAAUUUUCCGACGCGGGUUCGACGAACCGCGAGGCGCACGUCGGCCGAGAGAGUCCUACCGCCGUUUCCCGUUUGUCCGCUUUCUCUCGUAUGUCGUCAACGACAGAGGAUGGGGGUAGCGGGCAGAAGAUCGCCGAUGCUCGUUCGCGAGAAACUCGCGAUUUACUCGCGUCCCGUCCCGCGUCGCCCGUCCCUCGUCGAGGAUCGGGACACGUCGAGCAUCGAGCAUAUCGGUCGACCGAGAGGUUCUACAUAUUCCCGUCCAUCUGUCCGUCCCUAGCCCCCCGGUUCGCAGUUCUCGCGCGGCUCUCGACUCCCGCGUCUGCGACGCCUCUCUCGCUCCGAUUAUCGCUCGACACGCGCGCGUCUCGGUCUCUGCCAGUGGGGAGGCGCCACGCUGGAAAGCAAAACUCCGCGGAACAUCGUUCGCGCGAUCUCGCGCGAUCGUGAACCGUCAGCGACGAAAAUCGUCUCGGGGGCAACGACGGUCUGACGGGCUACGUGUGGCGUCGCGACGUCCUGGUACGCGUCGCCGCGACGCGUCGCUUCUCUGAGAUCCUAGGGACAUCGCCCGGUAUGGACGAGUCCGGUAUCGACAUGGGCUUCGAUCUGGCGGCAAUCACCGCCGAUCUGGAGCAUCGCGAGGCCGAUCUCUCCGGACGUCGAUGCGACGACAAAGGAAAUGGAAUCGCCGUCGACGAUCCGGGCACCAUCAACGGGAACGUAAACAACGAGGACGAUUGGGAAGAGGCCCUGUCAUUUCUGUCGUCGCCGGCCCAAGACAUCAUGUACUACGAGUUAAAGAGUCGAGCGCCCAGUACCGGCAGUCCGCCGACGUUCAAGACCGCUACGCCCACUUCGCGCACGCAAUUGAAGCUCCAGUUGAUGCGUGAGCAGCUGCAGGAGCAGGAGAGGCGAGAGGCAGAAUUUCGUCAGAGCUUGCAGCAGCAGAGGCCGGCAGCCGCCCCUCCCAGACCCGUACCCCCUGCCUCCCUCUCGACCAUCGGGGUGGACGUGCCGCCGCAAGUCUUGCAAGUACGCACAUUAUUGGAGAACCCGACGCGGUACCAUGUGGUGCAGAAGCAGAAGAACCAGGUGCGGCAGUAUCUGCACGAGUCGUUCCACGGCGGAUCCAUGGACGGCACCGGAAGCGAGAGCGUCCUCAGCGAGAACUCGGACAUCGUGACGUCCUCCGCGCCGAUGGUGGUUCAGAGCGCGCCGCCAGGACCGGCGGUGCAUCACCAAAAGCCGCAGCAUCCUCAUCUGGCGUCGUACCCGCACCCUCACCAGCACCCUCACGCUCCCACGGUGUUGUCGCACGGUAAUCCGGUCGCGGCCAGCCCGGAUCCUAUGACCGGCGCCAUGUCGCCGGGUCUCUCCAGCGUCGCCACCAGCAAUUCCGAGGCGGAGGAUCUCCUGGACGACAUUCUGUCGUUCGAGGGCGGAUCCUUGGGCGACAGUUUGAAGGACGGACAACCGGGAAGCCUGACGAAUAUCCCGGAGUUAGAAAUAAAGCCUGAGCCCCUGCUGCUCACCGAGGCGGAGAUACACGCUCUUGCCAAAGACCGACAGAAGAAAGAUAAUCAUAAUAUGAUUGAGAGGCGACGACGCUUCAACAUCAACGACAGAAUCAAGGAGCUUGGCACCCUCUUGCCCAAAACCAAUGACCCGUAUUACGAAAUCGUCCGGGACGUCAGACCGAACAAGGGCACGAUUCUCAAGUCCUCUGUCGAUUAUAUAAAACUGUUGAAAAACGAACUGACGAGGAUGAAGCAGAACGAGCUCAGGCAUAAGCAGCUGGAGCACCAGAAUCGUCGAUUGCUGUUGCGGGUCCAGGAGCUGGAGCUGCAAGCCAAGGCCCACGGGCUCCCAGUCUCCGACUUCAAUUGGGCCUCGACGUCCGGGAGCAUGAUCAACACCUUCCCCAGAAACAAGCUCCAGCAACGCAAGAUUCCCGAGCUGGUGACCGAGGAGACGACGAGUUUGAGUAUGUCGCAGCUGGAAGAUCUGAUGGAGGACGACGUGAGCGGUCCGAUACACAGUGGCGAUCCGAUGCUCUCAUCGCCUCACCUUCCGCCGUUGAGUCCCGCCCCCGCAGGAUGUCAACACGGGCUACCGGACGAGGACACCCUCGGUAGCCUGGCACCGACCACGCCGAACUCGUCCUCGGACAUGGACAUUGUCGCGUAGCAUCUCGAUCGACGCGUUACACCCCUGAAAACUCUUCGAGUGCCGCGUACAACGUCGUUGGUCGACGAGAGAAUACGAUUCACGGUCAUCUUUACCCCUAACGGCUGGCCGUUACCCCCACGAGCCCCCGGGAAGAACGCAAUUCCCGGCGGGCGUUUCUCCCUAAUUUCGUUCCAACGCGAGCACGGAUCAUUCGUGCGCCCCACAGACACGACCACUAAUUUUACCUUCGACGACGAUCGCACGAUUCCCCAAGGUCGGUGCUCGCUGGUAACCUUCGGCUGGCGAGCUUCCACAACGAAUCUUCACGGUACGAGCACUCGCGCAGGUCGCGAGUUCGUCGACUCCGGAGAACGGUAGACGAGAAAUCUAUCCAAAGAUGCCUCCAUUUUGUUUCGUCGAAACGACGCGGACCACGGGCAACGGAUCGAUUUCCAAAUAUUUUGCCUCAGAGAUAGGGCGACGACUCUGUAAAACAGCGAUUUAGAUCGAUUUUGUCGCCGGCUCGUGCCUCCCCCUCCUCCUCGUCGUCCGUUCCUUUUCCGCGCGGCUCGAUAAAAAGAUCGAAACGCGUCGAGAUCUGGGACGAGGACGAGCCCCGGAGUCUGGCGUUCGUUUCCGUUGCGCAACGUUUCUCGAAAACGAGCGCCAUUGUACAUACGUAACCGCGCGUAAGCGCAAUUAACGAAACAAAAGGAACGGAGGCGAGGGAAUUUUCAGCGACGUCGCGACGCGCGUUGCUCGCCGAAACAGAUAUACGUAUAAAAAAAAAAAAAGAAAUAUUUUCGGAAGUAUUUUGCGACGGGGCGCGGCGCGGACGGCGCGUCGCUCGUAAACCAUAUUCGCCUUCGAGAGCCCCGAUUCGAUUUCUCCCCAUUUCCAAGUUUUACACGGGCGUCUCGUUCCUCCCGUGAUCCCUCGUCGUCGGAAAGUUCUUCUCUUUUUUUCUCGAAAAAACGAGGAGAAACCGCGUCAGGGCUCUGAUCUCUUACCGGUACGCCGUCGCCGUCGCCCUGUGAUCCUUUUAACUCUUAAACUGUCGCGGUUUUACCACGUCGACGCGUUAUCAUUCGCUCAUUGUUAUCCGCGUGAACCGCACGAGAGCAACGGAAUCUCUUCGUCGGCGAUCGCGAGAAACUCCAGAGUAUAUAAAGAGACGUUACGGAAACCGAGUGCAGUUUUCU